AUGGAUACUCACUCUCACUUAACAGCACCUAAUCGCUCUCGCAGCUCCCAAUCCCCGUCCCCUUCCCACUCGGCCUCGGCAUCCGCAACCUCUUCCAUCCACAAGCGAAAACUCGCCGCGGCUGCUGCGGCGUCCGACGACCACUUGCCUCCAUUUGCUCCGGCUUCUCUCUCCGCCGACACUCGCGACGGAGCUCUGACCUCCAAUGACGACCUUGAGAGCAUCUCCGCUCGCGGCGCUGACUCCGAUUCCGAUGACGCUGAAGAUUCCGACGCCGUCGUCGACGAUGACGAGGACGACUUCGACAACGACUCCUCCAUGAGAACUUUCACGGCAGCCCGUCUCGAGACCACUGCCGGUGUCUCCACUGCUGGCAGCAGCGGUCGAAACACGAAGAUCAAGAUGGAGAAUGCGAAUCGGGAAGGAUGGUGGGCACACAGGGACUGGUGCCGUGGGGCCCGCUGCAGGGGGAGUUCUGGGCCAGGGAUUGUGGUGAAGGAGGAUUCUGUUAAAAUAUUUACGGAGAAUUUGCAGACUAGUGGAGCUUAUAGCGCGAGAGAAGAGAGUUUGAAAAGAGAGGAGGAAGCAGGAAGACUCAAGUUUGUCUGUUAUUCUAAUGAUGGUGUUGAUGAGCAUAUGGUUUGGUUGAUAGGAUUGAAGAAUAUAUUUGCGAGACAAUUGCCUAACAUGCCCAAGGAAUAUAUUGUUCGACUUGUGAUGGAUAGAAGCCACAAAUCUGUGAUGGUUAUUAGACGCAAUCUGGUUGUUGGUGGAAUCACAUAUCGUCCAUAUGUCAGUCAGAGGUUUGGGGAGAUAGCUUUUUGUGCAAUCACUGCAGAUGAACAAGUAAAAGGUUAUGGCACGAGAUUGAUGAAUCACUUAAAGCAGCACGCACGCGAUGUUGAUGGGCUAACACAUUUUCUGACGUAUGCUGACAAUAAUGCUGUUGGUUAUUUUAUCAAACAGGGUUUCACCAAAGAGAUUUACUUGGAGAAAGAUCGAUGGCAAGGGUAUAUUAAAGACUAUGAUGGAGGUAUCUUAAUGGAGUGCAAAAUUGAUCAAAAACUUCCUUACACCGAUUUAUCAACCAUGAUCCGUCGUCAGAGACAGAACUCAUUGAGAGGAACACCAAUAGUAACUAUGUAUUGUACCUUUCCACCCUGUUGGCUUCCUGUCAGACUUGCUGUGCUGCCAGCCUGCCAUGGACCUUUUAAAUUACUACUCUGCUUUAAAUGUAUCUUACAUUACUUAUUCAGUGCAAUUGAUGAAAAGAUAAGAGAGCUAUCCAAUUGUCAUAUUGUUUAUCCUGGAAUUGAUUUUCAAAAGAAAGAAGCUGGUGUUCCCAAGAAGAUCAUCAAAGUCGAGGAUAUUCCUGGCUUGAGGGAGGCUGGGUGGACUCCUGAUCAGUGGGGCCAUUCACGGUUUAGAACAUUAAAUUCUUCUAUGGAUAUUGCCACAAAUCAAAAGCAUUUGACUGCAUUUAUGCGCUCACUUUUAAAGGCAAGGUACUGUGGCCAUGACAUGAUUGCAAGGAAAAUGCUCAUGGCUGAAAUGGCUGCUAUUGAAACUUUGAUAUCCUCCUGUCAAGAAUAUAUUUCAAAAGCUCAACUCAAUGUGAAGUCAGUGCAUGACCAUGUUGAUGCUUGGCCAUUUAAGGAACCAGUCGAUGCUCGUGAUGUCCCUGAUUAUUAUGACAUCAUCAAGGAUCCCAUGGAUCUGAAGACGAUGCUGAAAAGGGUAGAGUCAGAGCAAUACUAUGUCACGCUUGAGAUGUUCAUUGCUGAUGUCAAGAGGAUGUGUGCCAAUGCACGGACAUACAACUCACCUGAUACCAUUUAUUAUAAUGAUGACAAUGGUGGUGGCGUGCCUCUGCCACUGUUUGUUACGAAGCCAGCUGCUGAAUUGAAGAACUUGCAGCAUCCAUCAAUGUCGCCUGAAUCCAAAACUUGUGGUCCACUCCGCAAAAUGAAGGUUUAUGUGAAAGAAUCAGUCAAGCGGGUCAGCACUCCACAACAAUCAGUUCUGGAGGUUGGAACUCCAAGUUGGCUUGGUUACCCCUUGUAA